AUGAAGAAUCAUCUUGCUGGAACAAAAAUAGAUGCUUUUGUUUGCACUAUGGUUGAUGAAGCUACAAAAGAACUUUUUAAAAAAUUAUUGAGGGAUUUUGAGGAAAACAAGUCUAAGGCAAUGGAUGAUGAAUGUUUUGAAGUUGAGAGUGACGGGAACGGGAACGGGACUGUGAAAUCGGUUUUCAAUAAAGGAAAACAAAAAACACUGAAUCAAGCAUUGAAGGAUAGAGAGCCCGUAACUCGAGCUUUAUGUCGAGUUAUAUACGGUGAAGCGUUGCCAUUUAACUUGGUGAAGUCUCCAUUGUGGAAAGAAGCUUUGAGACUCGUAGGGGAGUAUGGGAAAGGAUUGAAACUUCCUUCAUAUCAUGAGGCGAGAGUAACAUACCUAAAGAAAGAGAUGGAAAAUAAAGGUCUAUCACAAAUUUUCUUUGUGAAUAGUCCAAGUGGCACGGUAUUUGUGAAAUCAAUUGACACAUCUUCGUUUGCUAAAGAUGCAAAUAAGUUAUUUGAAAUGCUUAAUUCAAUUGUUGAAGAAAUUGGGGAGGAGAAUGUGGUCCAAGUCGUCACCGAUAGUGCUUCGGCUUAUGUGUUAGUCGGUUCAAAGUUGGAGCAAGAGAGACCUCGUUUAUAUUGGUCACCGUGUUCCGCCCAUUUGAUUGACUUGAUCUUGCAAGACAUAGGAGGUGGAAAAACAUUCAAAGACACCUUAGAUAAAGCACAAAAAGUAACCGUUUAUAUUUAUAGACAUUGUGUUUUGUUAUCCAUGUUUAGAAGGUUCACCGGUGGUCAAGAAUUAACACGAGCCGGAGUAACACGAUUUGCUACUUCUUUUCUUACAUUGAAAAGAUUUAAAGAGUUAAAACAUCCCAUUUGA